AAAAAUGACAGUCAAACUGGAUUUCGAAGAAUGUCUUAAGGACUCUCCGCGUUUUCGGGCAGCCAUUGAGGAGGUGGAAGGGGGUGUAAGCGAACUAGAGACACGACUUGAGAAGCUGGUAAAGCAAUGUCACUCUAUGCUGGAGGCAGGACGGGUCUACUGCCAGAACAGUAAGAACUUUGUGAAUGGCCUCAGAGAGCUGGGGCACCAUUGCUCCAACGACAGCACCAUGGGGGAAUGUUUGGAUAAGUUUUCCAGAAAGCUGUCAAUCAUUCUGGAUGCUCAAGGGGAGUUCAUCGAGACCACUCAGAAGACGGUGAAGACAAAACUGCAGAGUUUUGUGAAAGAAGAUGUGAAGAGGUUUAAGGACGUACGUAAGGAGUUUGAGAAGAGCAGUGAGAGUCUAGAGGCGGCUCUGAACAGGAAUGCUCAGGCUCCACGAGGAAAGCAACACGAGGUGGAGGAGGCCAGUAAUUCCCUACUCAACGCACGCAGAGCCUUCAGGAAAGAGGCAUUGGAUUAUGUACUGGAGAUCAAUGUCAUUGAGUCCAAGAAGAAGACUGAAAUUCUCAUGGCUAUGCUGUCUCUCAUGGAUGCCCAGGCACAGUUGUUUCAGCAGGGUCACCAGGCACUGACAGAACUGGAGGAGUAUCGCAAACGCCUGAGUGAAGAGCACACUCAGCUGGUCCUGAACUCAGCCAGAGAGAAGCGGGACAUGGAACAGAGACAUGCAGCUAUAAAGAAAAAGGAUGUGACGUAUGACGACUCCAUCAUGGACUUCAACGCUGAUGCGUCCAGUGGCAUCGCCAUGGAAGGAUAUCUCUAUAAGAGAGCGAGUAAUGCUUUCAAAACCUGGAGCAGACGCUGGUUCUCCAUUCAGAAAAAUCAGCUGGUCUACCAGAAGAAAUUUAAAGAGCAGCCCACAGUGGUAGUGGAAGACCUGCGUCUGUGUACGGUGAAACCCUGCUCUGAACAAGACAGACGCUUCUGCUUUGAGGUGGUCUCCCCCUCCAAGAGCUGUUUGCUUCAGGCAGACUCAGAGCAGCAGCAGCAGGGCUGGAUUAGUGCAGUACAAAACAGCAUCGCCUCAGCAUUUCAGGACAGGAGAGAGGACACACUUAGCCCUAGGGAGCGCUGUAGCUCUGUGUCGACAGGCAGUGGGGGUGUGUGUGGGGAGCAGGAGAAUGCUGGUUGCCAGGCGCUGGGGGAGGUGCAGGGCAUCCCGGGGAACGGGCACUGCUGUGACUGUGGGGAACCUGGGCCUGACUGGGCAUCUAUUAACCUGGGCAUCACUCUGUGCAUUACCUGCUCUGGCAUACACAGGAGUCUGGGUGUCCAUUUCUCUAAAGUGCGUUCUCUCACUCUGGAUUCCUGGGAACCAGAGCUUAUCAAGCUGAUGUGUGAGUUGGGAAAUGCAGCCAUCAACAGAAUCUAUGAGGCUCGGAUUGAUGAGAUUACCAUAAAGAAGCCCCACCCCUCCAGUCCAAGACAAGACAAGGAGUCAUGGAUUCGCUCUAAAUAUGUGGAGAAAAAAUUCAUCAAUAAACUGCCAGAGACAGGCCGAGGCCCACCCCUCAGACGCUCUAGUGCCCGGCGUAACCGAGCAACCACGCAAGAUAGACAGGGAGCUCGACCAGUCAUCAAACCGAAACCAAACCGAGCCACCCUGCCUCGCCUCACAGGACUGUCCCAAAGUGACCUGGUCAAGAACUAUAGUAGCAGCUCUUAUAAAGAUGAAGAGGAAGAGGACGAUCUGAGUGGUCUUCAUCCCGGGGCUCUGCUCUAUCGCUCAGCUGCGCUGCAGCACUUUCCUGUCAUGGCCGAUGCCAUUGCUCACGGAGCAGACGUCAACUGGGUCAACAUAGCAGAGGAGAGCAAAACACCUCUAAUACAGGCUGCUACAGUGAACUCACUGGCAGCGUGUGAAUUUCUGCUCCAGAAUGGAGCUAAUGUGAAUCAGGCAGACAUUAAUGGGAGAGGACCUUUACAUCACGCCACUAUACUGGGCCAUACAGGGCUGGUGUGUUUGUUCCUGAAGAGAGGAGCUGAUUAUAAUGCCAAGGACAACAGUGACAAAGACCCAAUCACUAUUGCCGUGGAUAGUGCCAACGCCGAUAUUGUCACGUUACUCAGGAUUGCCAAAAUGAACAAAGAGAUGCGGGAGAUGGAUGGCGGAUUCGCCCAAUCAGGUGAUGAAACGUAUCAUGAUAUAUUUCGAGAUUUCUCUCACAUGGCCUCCAACAACCCAGAGAAGCUCAAACGUCGCAGCACAGACAUUAAAAUACCAUGACCACCAGGAGGCGCUGCUACACUCUCUAUGCAGCACACAAAUA